GGAAGGAGUGGACACAGAACAAGGGACCCAAACCGACGUCUCAUCUGAGUUUCAUCCUACGUAUUGUCCGGAACAAUUAUCAUAAUAUAUUAUUUGGAGCGAAUAUAAUGGCCGCGCAACUCAGUGGCGGUGCCUCGAUUUCAUGCGGCGGCUUAUCAAUAUCAUCGAGUAGGACUACCAAAUGGGCUUUGCCGUCAAACAAUUUCAAAGGGUUUAACAGUUUUCUUGGAAGGCGGAUUAAUAUUGAUGAUGGUGGCGCAUGUUCUCUAUCUGUCAACAGAGCAAAAGGGUUCCUGCCUUAUCCUGUUAUUCGUCAGAGGAACCACCACGUUUUUUCAAGAUUCAGUUCUCACUUAAGUUCUGAUUGUGGCGUGCAAUCUACUGAUUUGGAGGACACCUCUGCCCUUCAUCAAGACUGUGGAGGAGGCCUUAAUGAGUUGAACGGGACUGUGCCUUCUCAGAUCAAUCUGAGUGAACCUUCUAAAGAAACAUGUAAGCCAAAGGAUGUUAGGCGAGAGCUCAUAAUGUUAUCUUUACCAGCAAUUGGUGGACAGGCCAUCGAACCAAUGGUGCAACUUAUGGAGACUGCAUAUAUUGGUCAUUUGGGUUCUGUGGAUUUGGCUUCUGCUGGCAUCUCCAUAUCACUCUUCAACAUAGUCUCGAAGCUUUUUAAUAUUCCCCUCCUCAGUGUUGCUACUUCAUUUGUGGCUGAAGACAUUUCAAAAAAUGCAAGAGUUUCCACACCAGGAGAAAAGAUGCAGCUGCCUUCUGUCUCUACAGCUUUGCUUUUAGCUAUUGGUAUUGGCAUCUUUGAAGCUGCGGCCCUGUCUUUAGGAUCCGGACCUCUUCUCACUUUGAUGGGCAUAUCACCGGCUUCGUCCAUGCGUGUUCCUGCACAACGAUUUCUUAUGCUGAGGGCUCUUGGUGCUCCUGCUUUUGUGGUUUCUUUGGCACUUCAAGGCAUUUUUCGUGGAUUCAAGGAUACAAAGACCCCUGUAUUUUGUUUAGGUUUUGGAAAUUUUACUGCUAUACUUCUGUUUCCUUUUUUUAUAUACUACUGCCAGUUGGGUGUUAAUGGAGCUGCCAUUUCCACCGUUGUCUCUCAAUAUCUUGUUAGCUUGUCAAUGAUUUGGAAUCUUAAUAAACGAGUUGUAUUGUUGCCUCCAAACCUUGGAGACCUGAACUUUAGUAGCUAUCUGAAAUCGGGUGGUUUUCUGAUUGGAAGGACUCUAGCUGUUCUGGUGACAUUUACACUGGGUACAUCGAUGGCUGCUCGUCAAGGACCUGUAGCUAUGGCUGCUCAUCAAAUAUGUUUGCAAGUUUGGCUUGCUGUAUCCCUUCUUACUGAUGCUCUUGCUUCAUCUGCUCAGGCCUUAAUUGCCAGUUAUAUAUCAAAAGAAGAUUACAAGACUGUAAAGGAUAUCACUUGGUUUGUUUUAAAGUUUGGUGUUUUCACUGGUGUUGCGUUGGCUUUAAUUAUCGGAUUCUCUUUUAGCUCGUUGGCCCCACUAUUUACCAAGGACUUGGAAGUCCUGAAACUUGUUACAAGUGGUGUUCUAUUUGUUAGUGCCAGCCAACCUAUAAAUGCUCUAGCUUUUAUCGUGGAUGGUCUUCAUUAUGGUGUUUCAGACUUUCCUUAUGCUGCAGUUUCGAUGAUGGUGGUUGGAGCAAUAUCUUCAGCGUCUUUGCUAUUUGCUCCUAAACUCUUUGGUCUUGCCGGUGUUUGGUACGGUUUGACUCUCUUCAUGGCACUUAGAAUGGUGGCUGGACUUAUGAGAUUAUCCCAACGAAAUGGUCCGUGGUGGUUCUUGCAUAGCGAUGUUUAAAGGCCAAGGUUAGUAACUCAUAGUAGAGGCGUGUGAAAUAGUCAACUCAGAUUUUGACCAAGCUCACGUUUAGUGGUAUUUACUUCUCCAGAAACGACAAGAAGAAAUGCUUUAUAAUGUUUUGCUUUAGUUUUGAUGAGAUUUUGUGUUAGUGGAAGAUGUACAGUUGCUGUAUCUAGAAUGACAUUACUGUUGAACUGGGUAAAUAAUCGAACAUCCUCUACCAAAAAAACUUAUUCUGAUUGAUACAUAAUAUAACUUCUAAGCAUAGUCGAUCGGUCUGUAUGGUUCAAACCAUUCUCUGAGGAGACUCUUUUUCCGUUUCGGGUUCCAUCCCAUGUCCUCACACAAUUGAUCGUUGUACCAUAUUUGCACCCCAGCAAGGCAUGAUCUGCUAUUAUAGUAUUCACCCGAUGAUUUCUUCA